GUUUGAUUGAAGUCCCUUUGUCAUGCAAAUGCCAAGGACUUGAUGGAUGAUGGCAGAUAUCUGACAAAGUUUGGGAGGCAUUUGCUCAUUGGGCUUGAAGGAAACCACGUGGUGUAGAUCCCCUUCCACCCCACCACCACCUUCUCCCAUCCCCCAUUCGGAAAGCUUCGGGAAGGAGGGGGGCCCUUAAGCCUGGAGAUCCAUAGAUGGGAAGGGUGGUUCUCUUCAUCUCUCCCUCUCUCUCUCCCCUUUUUCCCCCUGGUUAACUUUGACAUACUAUCUAAAGGUUGUAGGGCAGAAGGAAUCCCCAUAAAACAGGGCAACCCUCUUCCAUCAUUGGCAAAGGAACAAUACCUAGAAUGAACUUCUUUUUAGACUAUGCAAUUUGUAACCGUGGGAUGAGCGCCUACCCGCCCAAGGAGUACCAGCACCUCGACCAAGGGACCAUUUCCUACCCAGCUUGCUCAGGUACCACUCCAGCCUGUGACAGCUAUCACUCAGAUGGGUGCUUUGGGGUGAUAGGGGUGGGUGCUACUGGGCCCAAUGCCCACCACCAACAGAGCCCCAGCUACCCUCCUCCUCUUCCUCACAGCCCAGCUGGCCUUGGCAUCUCCUUCACCAGCCCCUCUCACCAAGGAGGGGGAGGGGGAUACACAAACUCAGGUUGCAACCCCAACUUCACCAACCCUCAGUUCUAUCAUAGUUCCCCAGAGACGGAUGGAGCCUAUUUUCAGACCUCGGCCUACCCUGCCAGCUUGGCUGCAACUUCCUCCCAUUCCUCUUCCCAUCUAGCGGGAAGUAUACCUGAUGCAUUUUGUGCAGCUACCCAGGGCCAAUUCCAACCACAUCAAUAUGGCUCUGAUCAGGGGGGUUACUUGCAAGGGGCUUUGGGCAAUCUUUCCCCACCUCUAUCUGAGAACAAAGAGCCGAGGGCUUGCCGGGCCCAUCCAUGUCCCACGGCUGCUGCUGUUGCUGCUGCUGCCACUGCUACCAUCAGCCAGACCUUCGACUGGAUGAAAGUGAAAAGAAAUCCUCCCAGAACAGCGAAAGUGACUGACUAUGGAUUAGCCGUCAAUGCCAGCACGAUCCGGACCAAUUUCACCACCAAGCAACUAACAGAGUUGGAAAAAGAGUUUCACUUCAGCAAGUAUCUCACUCGAGCCAGACGGGUGGAGAUCGCUGCUACUUUGGAGUUGAACGAGACUCAGGUAAAAAUCUGGUUCCAGAAUCGGAGAAUGAAACAGAAGAAGAGGGAAAAAGAAGGAUUGGCUGGUCCCCAUCCCACCGCCGCCGCGGCUUUCCGCGACUCUACCAAGGAAAGCAGCGAAGCUGCGUCUGACAGAUCCAGCGGGUCCUCCACUCCCGAAGCUUCUCCCAGCUCGGUGUCCUCUUGAAGGGGAAGGAGGGUUAGUUAGGUCGAGUCCUGCCCACCGAAGUAACCUCCUCUUUCAGAGAGGCAGUUGCUCGGUUUGUAAAGCGAAUAAACGGUCCUAAGCUUAUGGGCACAAAAGACAAACCCACCCGAAAAAACCAAGAACACACGCACAUAUGAUACCUAUG